CCGGGGUGGAGCUGCGGGCGGGAGGGAGUUUCCCGCACGGGGAGCCGGGAGCCGGGAGAGCCCAGCAUGGCAGCCUGCAAGAACAUUGUCAUUUUCGGGGCCACCGGCAUGACCGGCCUGGCCACCCUGGCGCAAGCGCUGCAGGCGGGGUACCAGGUGACGGUGCUGGUGCGGGACCCGGCGCGGCUGCCCCCGGAGCACAAGCCGGCGCGGGUCGUGGUGGGCAACGUGCUGAACCCGUCGGACGUGGACAGGGCGAUUCAGGGGCAGGACGCCGUCAUCAUCAUCCUGGGCACCCGCAACGACCUGAGCCCCACCACCAUGAUGUCCGAGGGCACCAGGAACAUAGUGACGGCCAUGAAGGCCCACGGGAUCCGGAAGGUGGUUGUGUGCCUGUCGGCUUUCCUGAUGUGGGACCUGAAGAAGGUGCCACCCAAGCUCCUGCCGGUGACGGAGGAUCACAUCCGCAUGCACCAGAUCUUGCAGGAGUCGGGGCUGGACUGCGUCUCUGUCAUGCCGCCCCACAUCGCCGAUGACCAGCCGCUGACCGGGGACUACACGGUGACGGUGAACACGUCCGGCGGCGCCCGGGUCAUCUCCAAGCACGACCUCGGCCACUUCUUCCUGAAAUGCCUCACCACCUCGGAGUACGACGGGCAGAGCGUCUAUCUCUCCAGGAACUACCCCAAGGUGUGAGGGCGCCGGCCCCUGCCGGGAACCCCCCGACCCGCGCUGCCCCUGCUGCUUGGAUCCAGCCGCCGACUGCCACUUUCCCGCAACCUCGCCGCCUGCUCCGGAUCCGGGGGGCUCAGCCCAGCUCCUAGCCGCUACCGCAGCGCAAGUGGGGCUGGCUGGGCCCUGCAUCGGGGCUGAAUUCAGUUCUGUCCUCCACGGCCUGUGGCGGGAGAGAACAUUCAGCCUCCAGCUCCCCAGCGUCUUUCCGCAGGUCAGUUCGUGGCGCUCAACCCCGGCCGGGGAGCUGCCCUAACCCCCUGGCGACCCCUCGCUGCCGAGCCCAGGCCUUGGGCUGCCUUUGAUAUCCGCUGUGGUGUGCUUCUCGCUGGCAGCAGGAGCUUCCACCCACCUACCGCGCGGGGAUGAGUAAAGAUUUCCUAUUUUCUCAGACUGA